AUGGCAAGUACGGCAUCAGGUCCUGCCAACGAUGAAGAUGAUUCACGACCCAUAAUCCUCUGCCUUCACGGCGGCGGCUCAACAGCUACGGUAUUUAAAAUCCAAUGCCGCCGGCUGAUUUGGACCUUGGGGUCUCAAUUCAAAUUUGUCUUUGCAAUUGCGCCACAUGAAGGAGAUCCCGGACAUGGUAUGCUCCCGGUCUUUGAAAGCUGCGCACCGUUCUAUAGGUGGGUGACGCGUAAGUGGAAGCUCGGCGAGGGAGACACAGAAUCUACUCCUAGCGACGAGAUAGAUCUCGUGGACGAGUCAUUGGAUGCGGCAGUGAGGCGCGAGGCUGGUGACGCUGGGUGGCAGCGCGUUGUUGGUGUCAUUGGGUUCAGUCAAGGCGCGAGGCUGGUGGGUGGACUGUUGCUGAGACAGAAGUUAUGGGAGCGGGAACAUCGAGGGGCGGUGGAGGCAAGGAAAUGGAAUCUCAAAUUCGGUGUCAUGGUCGGAGGGCCGUAUCCUCCGAUUGCAUUGAGUGAGACGGUCGAUCCAGCAGACUAUGCGCUGCUAAAAGAAGUACCCACGGUGCAUGCCUGGGGUAUAGAUGAUCACGUGAAGAGUGGCUGCGAGCAAAUGAGAGCGGCUUGCGAAGGCGACGUUUGCUUCGACAUGGACUUCAAGGGGGGCCAUCAUAUGCCACUGACUGAUGUUGAGGCGAAAGACCUCUGUGACCUGAUACUGGCUGCAUGGUACGCCGGCGGUGGCAGCUAUGGUGUUGCGCAAGGACAAAAAUACUAG